ACCCCUCUUCAGACACCUCGAAAUGUACACCGUCUGUCGUAUGCGUCCUUCAUCUGGCCCUUGGUUCGACGACCUUCUCCGCACCUUCGAGGCAUCUCCCAAACUCAAGGAGCUCCGCUUUCGUUACGCGGGUCCGCAGGUCGACGAUGGAGACGGUUGGACAGAUCGUCGAACCGUGCAGCUCAAAGAGCUGGAGACGGUGUUUUUCGAGUUCGCAGAUCCUUGCGAAGCAAGCAACCUCAUGGACCGGCUCUAUCUACCUUCUCUCUGUCACCUACGGCUUAGCUUCGGAAAACCAUUCGUCGGCGACCCCUCCGAUCCGUUCGAUAUCGAAGAACCUCGCCAAACUCAAUACCGUCAGUCAAUGACUGGAUCGUUCCUCAAAGGGCUCUCCCUGCCUCAAUGGCACGAGGACGAACCGAAGGGGUCCAUUUUCGCGACGAUAUUCACUUUACAGCUCAUCAACGCAGAGUGGGACUGGAAGAGGAAGGUCAAGUCGGAGGAAAGCGCCCUUAGCAUCUCACGACGUAUGCUGAAGGAACUUGACUGGCCUUUGCGCAUCCUUGCGCUUCACAAUGCCAGUCCGAGCUUCUUGAAGCUGCUCACCAUGGCACGAACGAAGAAUGACGGGCUCAACGUAGGGUCAAGAGCAUAUUGCCCCAAGCUUCACGUUCUCAUCGUGGGAGAUUUGGGAGAGACGUCGAUUGGCCAGGUAUUGAAGUCUCGUCAUCAGCUAGGCGCUCCUAUCAGGAUCUUGGUAGCCCCACGUCGCAUGCAGAAGGAAGUUGAAGGCACAGGGAUGCUCAAGAAUGAUAUCUUGAAAGAGGUCGAGUAUUAUGACGAGAUUGGAGACGUGGACUUCAACGGUUUCGUGAAGAGUCGGUUCUUUGACAUGGUUACCAGUCGAGAUCGCCUGGGUAAUUGGGUCGCACCCAUCUCUGUGGCUUGGACCACAGGCUGA